AUGGGGGAAAACGAUGAUGAAAAACACAGUCAAGCUGGCCAGAUAUUUGAAAACUUCGUACAAGCAUCAACGUGCAAAGGUACCAUUCAGGCCUUUAAUAUUCUCACUCGCCAACUUGAAUUAGAUCCGUUGGACAAUAGAAACUUUUACACCAAACUGAAGUCAAGAGUGACCACGUGGAAGGCCAAAGCUUUGUGGAACAAGCUUGACAAAAGAGCAAGUCACAAAGAGUAUAAACGUGGAAAAUCUUGUGUGAACACUAAGUGUUUAAUUAUUGGAGGUGGCCCAUGUGGCUUGCGGACUGCCAUAGAACUUGCCUUCCUGGGAGCCAAAGUCGUCGUCGUGGAGAAGCGGGACACUUUUUCAAGAAACAAUGUGUUGCAUCUCUGGCCGUUUACAAUCCACGACCUCCGGGGACUGGGAGCAAAGAAAUUUUAUGGAAAAUUCUGUGCAGGAUCUAUUGAUCACAUCAGUAUUCGACAACUUCAACUUAUCCUCUUCAAAGUUGCACUUAUACUAGGAGUGGAAAUCCAUGUGAAUCUAGAAUUUGUGAAAGUCCUGGAACCUCCUGAAGAUCAAGAAAACCAAAAGAUAGGUUGGAGGGCUGAAUUUCUCCCCCUGGAUCACCCUUUGUCAGAGUAUGAAUUUGAUGUUAUUAUUGGUGCAGAUGGCCGCAGGAACACAUUAGAAGGUUUCAGGAGGAAGGAGUUUCGUGGAAAGCUGGCUAUAGCUAUCACUGCCAAUUUUAUAAACAGAAAUACAACUGCAGAAGCCAAGGUAGAAGAAAUUAGUGGUGUUGCUUUCAUCUUCAAUCAGAAGUUCUUCCAGGACCUGAAAGAGGAAACGG